UAACCCAGACUGUGAAUUAAUGAAGAAACAAUUUUCGAAAACAUAUUAGACCCGGGAUUGUACAAACGCUCAUAUAAAGACUUUAUUAAUUUGUAGUGGGCCGACUGAACACGUGGGAGUUGUAACACACUCAGUUACCAGUAUAUUGGAUUCCGCUCUCUCUCUGUGUGGUUCCAGCUCGGGGACUGCUAGUAUCGUAUUGAUUUUCUGAGUGACUCACAAACAUCUUCCUUUCUAAUGCAUGUAGAGUGGAUGCUGCACUGAGUCUCUGAUCAACUUCUGACACCUGCAGAAUCGACUCUCAGACACCUUUAGGACUCGGGGGGAGAUUGAAUUCCUUAACAGUCUCGAGGAAUGUUAAAAAAGGAGUUGUAUAAAUGAGACUUAACAGGCCAUGCAAGAUCGAAAGCGAACCACAUAAGACAAGCUUGUUUGUGACACUGAUGUUUACUGGACACGAUUACUGCAGGGAUCACAAUCUGAUCUUGUAGAAGUGAGGAGAAAUCAGUGUCAUAAGUUGUGGAGCACCUUCCAAAAGAGGCAAUCGAAAUCUCAUAGACGCUGUGUCAGUGCCUCUCCACAGGAGGAGAAAUCUCGUACACGCUGUCUUCACAGUUUUAAUUUUUAGAAAUUGAUGCGUACGGACUCCACGUGUAAAUAUGCCGAUCUGAUUGAACAUGGACAUCCGCUGUUCUCCAGUUAGUCCAGACUCGAGAGUGACACAGAUGGCAUUUAAGAUUCGGUCUUCUAAGUUCAGACACAUCUAUGGAAACAUCCCUAAGAAGGACCAGCGUUAUGAGAAUAUACCCAUCACACGGAACACACACGACAGUAACUUCUGUGCCGUCAACCCCAAGUUCCUCGCUGUUGUCACGGAAACUGGUGGCGGUGGAGCCUUUCUAUGUUUUCCAUUAAAAUUGAGUGGACGGGUAGAUUCAAAGAUUCCCCAUGUGUGUGGCCAUGCAGGGGUGGUGCUGGACAUCAAAUUUAACCCAUUUAAUGACCACAUCAUUGCUAGCUCUUCUGAAGAUUGUACGGUCAAACUAUGGAACAUUCCGGAGGAUGGUCUCAGGACAAACCUGACAGAGUGGGUGGUGGAUCUACACGGUCACAAGAGGCGGGUCGGAUACAUUGAGUGGCACCCCACCGCUGAAAAUAUACUGCUGAGUGCUGGAUUUGAUUACAAGUGUGUUUUGUGGAAUGUGGAACAAGCGGAGCCUGUCAAUGUCGUCAGUUGUCAUGACAACACAAUUUUCUCCAUGUCGUGGAACCAAGAUGGAAGUCUGUUUACAACGUCUUGUAAAGACAAAAAGUUACGGGUCAUCGACCCGCGGAUGGCAAGGGUGGCAGCGGAGUCUCCCCUGUUAGACAAUCUGGGGCCUCGGGCAUGGAAAGCUGUGUUCCUCGGGGACUCCGGGCGAAUCUUCACAUCAUAUCAUGGUAGAUACAGUGAUCGGGAGAUUGCUGUUUGGGACGUCAAAAACCUGUCAGCUCCGAUGAAGGUAGAGACCAUCGAUAACUCCAGUAGUAUUCUACUGCCAUACUACGACCAGGACACGAAAGUCAUGUACCUAGCAGGCAAGGGAGACAGCAAUAUUCGGUAUUUUGAGAUUGACAAUGAAGCACCAUACACCCAUUACCUGAACUCUUUCAUCACCUCUGACCCCCAGCGAGGACUAGGUGUGAUGCCAAAGCGAGGCUGUAAUACAGAAAAGUGUGAGGUGAUGAGGUUCUACAAACUCCACGCCUCAAAGAAACUCAUAGAACCGCUAUCCAUGAUUGCACCCAGAAAGACUUCUGUAUUCCAUGAAGACAUAUACCCCCCGACAGCCAGUCAGAUUCCCUCGCUCUCUGCAGAUGAAUGGAUCUCCGGACAGACCAGGGGGCCUAUACUUAUGUCCAUGCUGGAUGGUCAUGUGACUAAUGCACCAAAGUUAACCUCAGCCAAAGCUGUUCAAAAUAAGGAUAGUACUUUAUCCCAAGCUCCAACCAUCACUACAUACAAAGCGGUCAACAGACCACGACCAGAGGGAAGCGUGUCUGCUCAGCCGUACCAAGGGGAAUCAUCGACCAUGACCAAUCACAGAAAUAUCCCCGCCUCACUGCGCAACAUCAAACAGCUCAGCACCAGUGAAGACUUCAUCACAAUCAAAGAUGACAAGCCUAAUGGAAUCCAGUCAGAUUCUGUCGACGCGGCUCUCAGUCCCACAGACCAAAGCACCAUCAAAAAGGUUUGGUCGCCCACCUCUCCCAAAGUCACCUCUAAUGGCUUCCCGGGAGGUGAUAGUGACAUUUACCACUGCCAACCGCCUACUGCACGAUUUAGCAGAGAUUUUUUCCAAGCUUACUUGAUUAAACGGGAUACCCAGAAAGCAACAUGUGCAGGUUGUCAUAGAAACGACCAUAAUGUAACUCACGUGAAAAAGGUGUGGUCCGCCCCGCAAUCCCCCGCGGCACCACUCUGGUUUGGGGAAUUCCCACCCAAUGAAGCCGAGUUGCGAAAAGCUUACUUUAAACAGUUAGAAGAAAUCACUAGCCUAAAAGAGCAGAUAUCGUUAAAAGACAAACGGAUACGGCAGCUAGAGGAAGAAAUCUCAAUGUUAAAAAUCCCGGUCACUCGGGACGACGUCGGACCGGAUCACAGUGACUGCUGAAGUGCCAACUCUCAAGUCCCCAAUGUGCUAGUCCUUGUUCUCGCAUUAACCAUUCCAGCCAGUCCAAAUGUAGGUGUGCAUUUUCUUGACCAGUAGAACUACAAGUCGACAGAGACCGGUCUUGCGUUCAAUGCACCUUUGAACUUUUAAACUUUGUUUCCACAUUGUAUUGCGUCCUGUUUUGGAGGUAAUAGAGCUAUAGCAUGAUUUCAAGAGACAAUGAUCUGGAUGCAAAAUUGAACAUUUGAACUUUGCUUCUGAGUUGUAAUGUGUUCCUGUUUUGGAGGUAAUAGAUCGAUAGCAAGAUAUCAUGUGACAUUGAUCUGGAUGUAAUCUAUUUAUAGCAAGAUAUCACGUGACAUUGAUCAGGAUGUAAUCUAUUUAUAGCAUGAUAUCACGUGAUAAUGAUCUGGAUGUAAUCUAUUUAUAGCAAGAUAUCACGUGACAUUGAUCUGGAUGUAAUCUAUUUAUAGCAUGAUAUCACGUGACAAUGAUCUGGAUUUGAUCAGCCAUGCGAUGUGCCAGACAGUGAGUCCCUCUGUAAGUUUAUGAUUUUAGACACUCUAGAGUCUAUUACAGUACAAUAAUAUCAACACACAACAUCACAAGACCUUUGCUAGUUUUGUGCUUGUGCUGUCAAAAUGAGGGACGCGAAUUUGGUGCGACUUUUAAACGGGAGAUGAGUGACGAGAGGUUGAUGUGACUUUAUUGGGAUAUGGAAGGUGUCUUUUACCUGUAUGCAUUGUGGUAUUAUUAUCUGAGAUGAGUGACAUUGUGAAUGUAUGUAUAUGGAUUUUUAAAGAAUGAGAUACAUUCCACGUUCACUAAUCAUCUGACUUUGAUCAACCUCGUUUUUAAUUGAAUGUUUUGUGUAAUUUAGAAAUGCAGUAGUUGUGUAUGUGGUUAUUGCAGGGCAGUAGAUUAUGGACAAUUGUACCAUGUUCAGGACCAUUUUUAUUUUUAGCUCAGACCUACAGAAGAAUAUAGAUACCUAUGAUGCAUGCUUCCAUAUUAAAUCUUAUGUAUAGUGAUUUAUUCACCAGUAUAGUGUAACACGGUUAUAGCAAACCUCCAGGGCUUGUGAAGAGUUGGGUCAUUCUCCACUCAUAGGCAAAUUAUUAUUCCACAGUAAGUGUAAAUUCAUUAUAACUGUGUUCAUUAUAAGCUUGUUGCACUGUACAUACAGCUUUGUCACAGCUGCAGGAGACUUCCAAAGAUCAAUUCUAUGAGUUACUGUAAAAAAAAUCACGGUCAUGAUUUACAUUUACUACAAGAUUUGAUAAUUGGUAACAAAGAUUGUCGUAACCAAUGAGUGAUUUUACAAACUGUGUUUUAUUUAUACAGGUACAGCAGUGUUGUUUUUUUGUGAUUUUUAUGUGAUAUUCAAUGUGUACAGUAAUCUCUAUUCUUUGUUUGUUGACGUGUUCAGGGGUGGAUCCAGGAUAUUUCAAGGUGGGGUUAUAAUUCACGAUGUUAGAAACCAAUUUUGUACUUGCAAUUUUAUUUAGUAGUCACAAACUCCUACUGUCAGAUGGGAUUCACUGUCAGAUUGGAUUCAUUGUCAGAUGGGAUUUGAUGGGAUUCACUGUCAGAUGCGAACCAAUAUUAGGGAGGAACCACUGUUAGAUAGGAAAUCCACUGUCAUUAUUGGGAAAUCUACUGGUGGGAAAUGAAUGUUCAUUACUAAAGAGCUAAGCAUCAAAAUGACUGAAAUCGGUACUUGCAACACUUGUGGACAUACUGGUAUGUGACUAAAAUUUGGUUUUAACAUGGACGUUUUAAUCUCCCUUUACAAUUGUAUCAUAGAAGACAGAGUUCCCAGGUGCCUGACUUCCUGUAGUAUACUUCCUCCCAGAUAGAUCCGCCUAUGCUUACUGGUAAUGCUUAUUUAACACUGAUUCAUAAUUUAGAUUGUUCUGGACUGCACAUGUUCGUGGUUGUGUUUUAUCUCAGGCAUUGAGGACUUUUUAUUUUUGUAUGUUUGUGUGCCAGAUAUUAAGUACAUCUUCAGAGACAUGCUUGUGAAUGGUGAAUCCAUAAUGUUAUUAAAGAGGGAGGAAGUUCUUUGUUUGAUAUUUGCAUGGACAGAGUUUAACAAUUUUCGGAAAAUUCCAUCCUUAGAUUUUUGGAGCUUUGGUGGGCGUUUCACAAUGUUCUCAUUUUUGUAACAUUGAAAACACUGUAGAGAUAUGACUUCUGAUACUAAUGUGACAGAAUUAAAUUGAUCGUAGAUAAAACAAAUGAUUUCUAAUACAGUUAAACAUACUUAUAGUGAAGUGCUAAGGCGAACAAUUACAGUAAAACAUGCUUAUAAUAGUGAAGUGCUAGGGCGAAGAAUUUUAUAGUAAAACAUACUUGUAAUUAAUUGCUGGGGAUGAACAAUUCCAAUUCAUUAUAAACGUGAUUUGUUAUACCUCAGAAAUUUAUAGCACAAUUUAAAAAUAACGGGAAAUAAAAGUCACUUCGCUGUAAGCGUGAAUUCAUUAUAAGAGUGUUUGAUGUAAUUGUGCUUUACUGUAAGUUUGAAAUUAUUAUAAAAGUGUUUUAUUGUAUAUUUACAUUUUCUAAACUUGAAGGACAUUUUGUUUGAUUUGUUAAGGAAGUUACCUACUUGUAGAAUAUUAAAGUAUACCUCUAAUUAGACAGAAACUGCCAGACACAAAUUGAUGAUUGUUUAUAUUGGUGAUCACUCAUUGGGCAUUGUAACUCAUUUUGCUCAGAUAGAACUUUUAGAGUACAGAUAUACUUUUAAAAAGUGUAUGGUAAUGUAGACAAUGUUCAGUUUGUCGUGAUUUGAUUUUAGUGAAGUUUUAUGUUUUAUGAUGCAACAACUUGUGUAUUCUGAUUUCAGAAUUACCCCCACCACUGAAAAUAUGCAACGUGUCCAAAUGUUCUUGUCAACAGGAACAUUAAAUCAAAUAUUUAAAUCAAAUAUUUGACCAUGAUAGACAUCUUAAUUUUUAUAAUCUUUUUACAAUCUUUCCAGAAUUCAUUCCUGUUCAUGUUGUAUACAAAAAACAAAACUACAAACAUUGAUAUUGACACAUUUUAACACAUUGCAUAUACAUCACGCUAUCAUUGACAAGUAUGAAACUGUUUUUAAACAGAAGAGGACUGCCUGUUGUAUGAAAAUAAGUCGUUAUGAUUUUAUUUAUGAAAAUAAGUAAUUCUGUGUUUUUAUUUAAACUUGUAGCUCUGUUUCUUUUUAUCAGAGCAGGUGAUUCAGAUUUUCUUUUAGCAGAUAAUGAUAAGGUUUUAUUUUUAAAAAGUAGAACUGAUUCUUUUAAUAAAACAAGUGAGUUGGACAUUUUUUUUUAAUCAUUGCAAAUAAUUUUUAUUGUUGGUCACAUUUUUGAUCACGGCAAGUAGAGCUAAGUUAUGGUAUAGACAAAUUUAACUUAUAAUGUACAUAUUAACUUUGCUUUAUAUACAUUCCGGGAACUUGCUGUAAAUUAGAUAGGAACUAGUGUGCAUUUCUAGCGCUGUAGGAAUAUCGGGAUACAUGACUGAGAUUAUGAGUAUAAUAGAUUUCUGCUCUAUAGUGUGGCUAGCUUUAAACACAUACAAGGGAUGCUGUAGAUAACAGCAUGAGAAACGUUGGGGUUAUUCGGACGACCGUUGUACUGAUUUUAAAUUCAGAUCCUAACGUUGGACUUACAUUACUGUAAGCAGUACAGACAAAGUCUAGUUAUACAGUAAAAGACAGUUAUUGCGAACCUCCUGCGCCAUUAAAACAGCACAACAGACAAAGUCUAGUUAUACAGUAGAAGACAGUUAUAGCGAACCUCCAGGGCCAUCAAAAACAGUUUCUUUUAACCAGGAAAAUAAAUACGACUUAAAUUUGUUAUAAGCUUGAAUUCGUUAUAAGCGUGAAUUUGCAAUAAGCGUGAGUUCUCUAUAAGAGUGAAUUCGUUAUAAGCAUAAAUUCGUAAUAAUAUUGCUUUACUAUGUUGCUGCUAAAUCAUUCCAACUAAUUGUCCAAAAAUUAUGAUAUCGAGUUACAUGUAUUUCAGCCAUAGCCUAACUUUGAUAGCGUAGACAUAAUUUAAGUAAAAUAAUAUGUAGUUCACAAAUAUAACGUAGAAUCUCUGUUCAAAUUAAAAUACGUGUGUCUUUCGUUACACAAUCACAGAUCUGUCUCAUUCAUCAGGAAAGAAAAACCAAACCCAAUAUCAAUCCAUAUUCUAUCAACAAUGUUUGUUAAAAUGUUAUCCAUCUAUUAAAACUACCAAACGGAAGACCGUCAGCGUGUAUGAUAGGGUUAUUAUUGUGUGAGCAAAGAAAUGAAUGACAGCUUUUUAUAUAUUUACUUGUAUAAUCAAAAUGUAAUACAGGAAGUAUUGCUGCUAUUCCGAUGAACUGUAUUUAGUAUAUACCGUUUGUCUAUAACAGGUAUACACUUUUUUAUGUAUUUUUUUUGUCUAUAAGAUGUAUAGCAUUCCAUGUCUACACGUGUACGCAUUAUUGUAAAUGAAAAGAAAUAAAACGUUUUUGUAUUUA